CUGUUCCUCUUGCUCACCCUGACCCUCUUGUCUUAGAGCUCAAUAGAUUGCACGACCAACUCAAAGAGAAGGAUAGGGAGUUGGGAGAUUCUCAAAGCGAAAUCAAAGCGUUAAGAGCAACUGAAGUCCUGAAGGACAAAGCUAUAGAAGAGCUUACAAAUGAAUUUAAUAAAUUGGACAAGAAGCUGAGUUUCGCUGAAAAGCUUCUUGAUCAAAAGAACCUUGAAAUCAAGAAACUAACAAGUGAGAAAAAAGAAGCAUUGGCUGCGCAGUACGCUGCAGAAGCAACUCUUAGAAGGGUGCACGCAAAUCAAAAGGAUGACGAUUCUAUCCCUAUUGAAUCUGUCAUCGCUCCUCUUGAGGCCGACAUUAAAAUGUUCAAAAAUCAGAUUGCAGCACUGCAAGAAGAUAAAAAGGCCUUGGAACGACUCUCUAAGUCUAAAGAAGCAGCUCUGCUUGAAGCAGAAAAGAUUUUGAGAAGUGCACUUGAAAGAGCUUUAAUAGUUGAGGAGGUUCAAAACCAUAACUUUGAACUGAAGAGACAGAUUGAAAUUUGCCAGGAGGAGAACAGGAUCCUUGAUAAAACCAAUCGUCAAAAGGUUUUAGAGGUCGAAAAGCUUACCCAAACCAUCAAAGAACUUGAGGAGGCUAUUCUAGCCGGUGGUGCAGCUGCCAAUGCUAUUCGUGACUACCAGCGACAGAUUUCUGAAUUACAUGAGGAGAAGCGGAUACAGGAAAGGGAGCUAGCGAGGGUUAAAGUUUCAGCAAACCGAGUUGCGACUGUGGUGGCUAAUGAGUGGAAGGAUGAGAACGACAAAGUUAUGCCUGUCAAGCAAUGGCUCGAAGAGAGAAGGUUGUUGCAGGCAGAGAUGCAACGGCUAAGAGACAAGUUAGUAAUAUCAGAGAGGACAGCUAAUGCAGAAGCACAAAUCAAGGACAAACUUAAGUUGAGGCUAAAGACCUUGGAAGAAGGAUUAAAGCACGUGUCAAGUUUCUCGGCCAAUCCUAAUGCAUUUUGUGGGUCUCCAAAACCUGGAAAAUCAAAUCACAUCUUUGCGUUCUUAUCAAGCAACAAUGCUUUAAAGAAGCUAUCUACAUCACAGCCAAGAGCUUCCACCAUUAGGAAAAGCUCUCCUCUGAGGCAGCCAAAUAUAGAAAAUGAAGUGACUAAUGAUGCUAACGGAGAACUGAAACAAGUUAAUAGCUUGAAAAAGAAACAUGGCUCAGGAGAAAAUUUGCUGAGGAAAAGUAUAUGGGCAUCUAGAAGUAAGGUUGUUGACAGUGGCGAAAAAGAAAACAAGGAGAUCAAUGAAAACACCACUGUGAAUGUUGGUAAGUUUAAGGACAAUGAAAUUGCGGUUUCAGGGGACUUCAAAAUGAAAAAUGGAGGCAAUGGAGAGUCACAUACUAAAGGAUGUAAUAGUGAUGAUGUGGUUUCGGGGUUUUUGUAUGAUAGGCUUCAGAAAGAGGUCAUCUCCUUAAGGAAGUCUUGCGAGGCAAAAGAUGGUACUUUGAAUGCUAAAGAUGAAGAACUCAAGAUGCUCAUGAAGAAGGUUGACACAUUGACAAAAGCGAUUGAAGUAGAGUUUAAGAAAAUGAAAAGAGAAGCAGCCACGAGAGAGAAGGAAUCAGUGUUGGUUAAGAUGGAAGAUAACAAAAAGAUUAGAAACACAGACUCCUUGAAAAGGGUUACGAAAUCAUCUUGAAGAUACCAUUGGUGAGACGAAGUUGAAGUUGAAGUUGAAGUUGAAGUUGUAGGGACUGCAAAUCAGUAGUGCUUUAUCAACAGCGUAUGAAUAACAUUUGAGUGAUGCUAAAGAGUUGAAAUAAUGUUCCGAUUUGGUUUGAAAAUAGGGAAGGUGACUUUGUAACAUCCUGGGUAUGAUGUUUAUUGGAGUCAUUCCCCGCUUGAGAUUUGCACAAAUGAUAUAUUCAAAACAAUGUUUGAUUGAUUGUA